CAAACCUGUAAAUUCACACUAGAUCAAAAAACAUGUUCUAGAAUCUGAAUCCAGAUUUGGCUGAUCAGCAUCCCAUAAAAAGCAAACCUUUUGAAACUUAACAACACAAAUUUUCAAAAAUGUCAACCCUCAAAAUCACCAAGAAACACAAUAAACAUCUCAACAAUCCCUUCCCAUCAAACCCAAAAUCUUUAUCCAUCAAGCAAGGAACUUUGUUGUUAAAUUACCAAACUACCCUUCCACACCACCAUAUUUUCACAAUUGGAAGUGAUUUUCAGUUAACUUGGAGAUCAGAAAAUGGUGGGUGUGUGUCUAUUUCUCAUAAAUCUCAACCUACAAGAUCCAUAUGGUCAACAAUCCCUGGUCAACCAUUCAUUUCUGCUGCAAUGGCUGAAACAGAGGUUGCAGAAAGCAGGGGAUCAUUCAUGAUCAAAGAUCGAAAUGUUCGAUUACUAUGUAAUCAUCAAACUAUUGAAGAUAUUAAGGUUUCGAAAGAAAAUGAACAAGAUUUUGAAUCUGGGUAUGUUGAAUUUGGAUCCGAAUACCCUGUUGUUGAAAUAACGGGUCGGGUUUUCGGUAUGAGGAAGAACAAAAGUGUGUUGAAUCAAGAAAAGUGGUAUUCUUUAGAAAAAGACGUUCAUAGUUAUGCAAAGUAUAGGCUUUUAUUUGCUCAAAAGAAUAAUAAUCAAAUUGGGUUUCAAAUAAAACUUGGAAAACAGAAUCUUGUAUCUUCACCAAGAAUUUACAAGGGGUUUUUUCGAAAACCGACCCGAACGAGAAAGAUUCGGGUCCGGUUAUUCGGGUCUUUUUCAAAUAGGAAACGGGUUGUGAUGGAUUCAAGUAGUGAGGAGGAAAGUGUAGCUAUGAAAGAUGGUGGAAAUGAUGAGUGUUUUAAUAGAAUUUGUUUUACAUAUUCAAGUGAAAAAAAUGAAAGAUUUUUUGGGUUUGGAGAACAAUUUUCACAUGUGGAUUUUAAGGGAAGAAAAGUGCCAAUUUUUGUUCAAGAACAAGGAAUUGGGAGAGGUGAUCAACCAAUUACAUUUGCUGCUAAUCUGGUUAGCUACAGGGCCGGGGGUGAUUGGAGUACAACUUACGCACCGUCACCGUUUUACAUGACUUCAAAGAUGAGAUCUCUUUACCUAGAAGGUUAUGAUUAUUCAGUCUUUGAUCUAACACAAGAUGACAGAGUUCAGAUACAGAUACACGGAGAUUGUGUUGAAGGUAGGAUAUUGUAUGGGAACUCACCUCCUGAGUUGAUUGAACAAUUCACCGAGUCAAUCGGGAGACCACCUGUACUUCCUGAUUGGAUAAUAUCGGGUGCCAUUGUGGGAAUGCAAGGUGGAACAGAUAAAGUUCGCCAUGUUUGGGAAGAAUUGGUGGCUCAUGAUGUACCAAUAUCGGCAUUCUGGUUGCAGGAUUGGGUAGGUGAGAGAAAAACGGUAAUCGGAUCACAACUUUGGUGGAAUUGGGAAGUCGAUGAAACACGGUAUCAUGGAUGGAAACAACUAAUUAAGGAUCUUAGUGCAAAACACAUUAAAACGAUGACAUAUUGCAAUCCUUGUUUAGCUCCGAUGGAUAGUAAGCCAAACGCAAAGAGAAACCUGUUUUUAGAGGCGAAAGAGUUGGAUAUUUUAGUAAAAAACAAGAAUGGAGAAACAUAUAUGGUUCCUAAUACAGCUUUUGACGUUGGAAUGUUGGAUUUAACGCACCCGAAUACCGCAAAGUGGUUCAAGAAAAUAUUACAAGAAAUGGUGGAUGAUGGUGUUAGGGGAUGGAUGGCGGAUUUUGGUGAAGGUCUUCCUGUUGAUGCUUGCAUCUACUCAGGUGAAGAUCCUAUUUCGGCUCAUAAUAGAUAUCCAGAAAUAUGGGCCCAAAUAAACAGAGAAUUUACGGAAGAAUGGAAGAAGACACUGGUUGGGAAAGUAAAAGAAGACCCUUCAGAGUCAUUAGUUUUCUUUAUGAGAGCUGGUUUUAGGAAUACGCCUAAAUGGGCAACGCUGUUUUGGGAAGGGGAUCAAAUGGUGAGCUGGCAGGCUAAUGACGGGAUAAAAAGUGCGGUUGUUGGUUUGCUAAGUAGUGGAUUUUGUGGUUAUGCGUUUAAUCAUAGCGAUAUUGGAGGUUAUUGUGCAGUAAGUAUACCCUUUUUUAAGUAUACAAGAGAUGAAGAGUUGCUAUUAAGAUGGAUGGAAUUGAAUGCCUUCACAACAAUAUACAGAACACACGAAGGAAACAAGCCAUCGGUUAAUAGUCAGUUCUAUUCAAAUGAAAGAACGUUAUCACAUUUCGCACGCUUUGCGAAAGUAUACAAAGCAUGGAAAUUCUACAGGGUCCAUCUCGUACAGGAAGCUAGUGAAAAAGGUCUUCCAGUUGUUCGACAUCUAUUUCUGCAUUACCCUAACGAUGAUCAUGUACACAAGUUAACCUAUGAGCAGUUUUUAGUUGGUGAUGAGAUGUUGGUGGUCCCCACACUUGAUAAACAUAAAAAGAAAGUGAAAGCGUAUUUUCCGGUUGGAGAAACUUGUGUUUGGAAACAUAUAUGGACCGGAGAUUUAUAUGACAUACAAGGUUCAGAAGCCUAUAUUGAAGCUCCAAUUGGCUAUCCAGCAAUAUUUGUUAAAAAUGGAUCUAUUGUUGGGGAAGAAUUUCUAAGAAACCUGAGAGAAUACAGGAUUUUAUGAAUAGUUAUGGCACAGUGUUGAUUGGCCAAAAGGGAAGUUAGAAAAUGAUAUUCACAAGUGUACAUUUUAUUACAAAUUCAAAUAGGGUGUCUGCUUACCCAGUUA